GCUCCUGCCUCAAGCAUUGGCUUAUUUCCCCAUUCUCAAGUGUGGUUGUUCCAUUAGCGGCAGGAAUAUCAGUCGGAUGAGUCGAUACACGUGACAACUUUUAGCCCCAAACUCGCAUCUCUCCACACACUCACUUCGUUUUCUUGUCAUUUCAUCUCUUCUGCAUUCUAAACAAUCAUCUCGGUGACUUGGUCGACUCAACACAGACCUUUCGACUUAGUUGAAGGGGAUAUAUAUAUUCCUCGAACUUACUUUAGUGCAUACUGUGCCUCUCACUUCGGAACGGAUACUGAGGUUCGUGGCUUUGAAAAGCAUCUCUUUAAAAGAUUUGGCAUUUCAAGCCUGUGUUAUUUUAUCUCAGACAUGUCUUGCCACAGUCUCAAGCCUAAUAAGUUCCUCAAGUCAGUGCUAUCCUCCGCCAUCAAAUGCUUGUCUCUAUCAUUGCCACCAGCUGACUUUGCGCAGGAACUUAGGCAAUGAAACCAUCUCUGUUAAUGUUGGUGUUGGUGACUCAGUAUGUAACAUGGAUGCAGCAUCAAAAGAUCAACUGUCCUAAACAACCUUUAGCGUCGAGCUUUUACUGUUCACAAAGCCAUACUUCAACAAUGUACCGCUUACUUUGAGUCAAACAAGCUAUUUGAUACCAUGGCUGGACAACAAGGAUUGAUCUUCCUUAAUGAGGAAGACCCGAAAGUCUUCAAAUUGUUUGUUGAUUGGGCUUAUAAUGGUAUGUCAUCUCAGCCGCAUGCACAAACUCUGAGUAUCCUUGAAUUUGCAAAUGACUUAUCAGCAUCGUCACAUUUAGGUACUGUUCAGAAGCCACGAACCAAGAUACACGUCAAAAAAACUCCAUCCUAUGCAGAAAUUCAUCGUCUCGAAUUAGAGCUUCUCGAAGAGUUUAAUGGAACCCUCAAGACUCUGGUUAGCCUGUACUCGCUUGGCGAGAGAUGGGGUAUCCAUAAUCUGAUGAAUCGCGCUAUUGAUGCCAUUCAGGAUGGUUAUCUCGAGUACGGUACAGUUUUUGGCCCAGGCCUCGCAGCCAAAAUCUGGGAAGAGACGAAGCCAGACUCUGCAUUGCGCGAGUUCUGUAUCGCAAGCACGGUUAUGCAUUUGGGUAAGCGAAAUGAAUUAUCCUAACUAUGCAGCCUGCAUCAUCACACCUCACUUCUCAUCAUUUUUAACCCUUCUCUUAUUGUAUACUCAUCAAUCCUCAGUUUCACUAUUUCGAUUUCAAUUCAUCAGUUUCUAAUUGCUAAUAUUUCAUCCUCAUAGAUCGCGGUUGCACUAAACUUCGCCAGGAAGUGAUGAUGAACUGUAUCGUUCUGCCAGGAUACUUCCAAGGCAUGCUCAAGUGGCUCUCGAGAAACUUUCAACUGUUAGGUCGACGUUCAGAGGAGGUGGUAGAAAAAUGGACUUCGAAUGAAAGUUUCAGCAUGUUCCAUAGGUCUAAGCUCUGUACUUGCCACUUUCAUGUACACCCGGUAAGAGUUAGCCAAGCCUAAAUAUGUAGAUUCAUACCUGCUGACUAUAUAUCACCCAGACUGGCCAGGCACACAAAGGACACAAAUCAUGCGAGGCUCCGUUUGUUGAUUGCUCUCAUCCAGGAGAUGAUGAGAAGAUGGAAGAACUCAAUAUUUUCAACCUCGUAUUAGGACGUGCAAGGAUGGGAUGCAACCUCAGCGAUUCAGAAUAGGCUUACACAUGGGAGGUUCUGAAGAGCAGAGAGAGAUUAAAAAGGGGUACACAUAGCUGCGCUGUGGUGAUAUCGGUUCAAAACAUGUUAGAAUGCUCACUUGCUUUAUUUGCUGUGUGAUUUAAAGCAGUCAAAAGGCCCAGGCCCGAUUAAUUAUUGUUUCAGAUGUUCCUCGCAAGAAAUAUGAAAGAUUUUCAUCCCGGUAGCCGUCCAACCCAUGAUAUUCACUUAUGCAGAUUGCAUACUUGAUUAGCCAACUGUAGCUCUUGCAUAGAGUACGGCAGCUUUCUGUCCUUGGAGAAUCUGUAUGCAUAUUUACCUCCUACAUG